AUGGAGACUUCGAUGGGGAAGCCGAGCUUCUUGCGGAAAAUAAUGGUUCGAGUGCUUCUCUUGGGCCUUGUCAUGAUCCUUGUUCGUUUUGCUUACGUGGUCACCAUCACUGGUGAAUCGUGCAACCGUGGAGACUUCUGCUUCUUCUCUCUCCCUCAGGAUCUCAACCUCGUCAUCUCCGGCUCUGCUUCCGGCUCUUCUGCCAUCAGAUCUACCUCCUCCUCUGCCGAUGGCCUCUACACCUCCAAGGAUUGGAUCCAAUCCGUUCAGUUCUACUCCUCCAUCUUUCACGAUCUCAUCGCCGACGGUUAUCUCUCCCCUGAAUCGAAUACUCUGUGUGUAGAGACGGCUACAGGGCAAGAUGUUUUCUCCCUCAGAGAGAUUGGUGUGAAGAACUCCAUCGGCAUCUCUAAGAAAGCUUACAGGCCUUUGGUCGUUAGAGGCGAGGGUCACGCUAUACCUUUCAAGGACAACACCUUCGAUUUCAUCUUCUCCGGUGGUGGCCGUCUUGGGAAGUCGUUGAAGCAGUUGGAGUUUGCCGACGAGAUCACUCGGACCCUGAAACCCCAAGGGUUUGCGGUGGUUCAUGUUGGAGCCACAGAUACGUACAGUUUCAAUUCAUUCCUUGAUUUGUUUAAUUCUUGCAGUUUGGUUAAGAUGCGUGAUUUAGACGGCGGCGGCUUUGAUUCCUCCUCCAUGCCUCAUAUCAGAGAGUUUGUUAUUCAGAAGGUUGCACACCAGACGAUGAAGAAUUCUGGUGCUGGUGCUGGUGAUGGCAAGUGCUGGAUCCCUGGUUACAAGAGAGACUUGAUUCGGGAUGCUGAGCCUCUCAUUCCAGAGGAGCCUCUUAAGCCAUGGAUUACUCUCAAGAGGAACAUUCAAAAUGUUAAAUAUAUCCCUUCCAUGGUUGAUAUUCGUUUCAAGAGUAGAUACGUUUACGUUGAUGUUGGUGCCCGGAGCUACGGAUCAAGUAUUGGGAGCUGGUUCAAGAAACAGUACCCCAAGCAGAACAAGACUUUUGAUGUUUUCGCCAUUGAAGCUGACAAAGCCUUCCAUGAGGAGUAUAAGAAAAAGAAGAAGGUGCAGCUUUUGCCCUAUGCUGCCUGGGUCAGGAACGAGACUUUGUCCUUUGAGAUCAAUCACGAUCCAGGCAAGGAAGUGGAACCCAAAGCAAUGGGCAGGGGGAUGGGCAGAAUCCAGCCUGUUACAAAAUCUUCCUCCAGCUUAGCAGGAGAGGUGAAUCUGAUUCAAGGCUUCGAUUUCGCUGACUGGUUAAAGAAGACUGUGAGAGAGAGGGACUUUGUUGUGAUGAAGAUGGAUGUUGAAGGAACCGAAUUCGAUCUGAUCCCAAGGCUGAUCAAGACAGGAGCUAUUUGUCUAAUCGAUGAGUUGUUCCUUGAAUGCCAUUACAACAGGUGGCAGAGAUGUUGUCCUGGUCAAAGAAGCCAAAAGUACAACAAGACUUAUAACCAAUGCUUAGAGCUCUUCACUACGCUCAGACAAAAUGGGGUGCUUGUCCAUCAGUGGUAUUGAUGGUGCACUGUCUCCUUCUUUCUUUCAUGGCUAGGGUUUAUUUCCAAUCUAUAAAUGUACCUUUCUUCUUCUUAAAAUACAAACAAGGAUAUUGUACGUUUCUUCUAUUCAAAAAGAAAAGAACAAAAUACUCUUCGUGUCUGUUUUAAAGUUCCCUUUUCUGUAACAAGUUUAGCUGGAAAUGGAAAAAAGUUUGAGUUUCUCUUCACCUCUCUUGAAUUUAUAUAUUGUGAUGACCUAGUUCUAUACAACUUUUGUUUGUGAUGUUUUGUCUCUUCUUAGAUACUUUACUCUGGAAGAAUGGCUGUAACUGGAGCAAUGCAAAGCCUUGAAUCAGGGUGAUCGCCAACUUGGGAGAUUCACGAGCUGUUCUUGGCACCCGUCGAAGCAAGAACAAUCUCAGAGCUGUCCAGCUCACGGUUGAUCUGAAACCCUGUGUCCAAAGUCAGUAUCUUCUUCAUCAGACCCCCUUUUUCCGCUAUAAACUCUAAACAAUAGACCUCUUUUUAAAGUAUUAAAUAUUGAGGUGGGCAUUAAGAAAAAGAAGUAGUCUGAUGAUAGUAUCAUGCAAAGGAAGGGUGUUUUCUAUGGAAGAGAACCUGAUGUGUAUAGAGUGUGGAUGCCUGAUGACGAUUGCCCUGGACUUGCAAUGUC